UCUUCACUUUUAUUUUUUAAAACAUUUCUCACUUUCAAUCCUUAAUCCCUUCGAAACAAUGUCGACAAACUUACAGUCUCGCCCUUGGUCACGUUUGGCAAGCAUUGCCAGGCCAGUCCCUGUCCCUCCCCCGGCUCCAGCCCCAGCCCCAGCCCCAGCCCCAGCUCCAGCCCCAGUCCCAGCCCCAGCCCCAGCCCCAGCUCCAGCUCCUCCUCCGGCUCAACCUACCCCUCCACCUCCAGCACCUGCCCCUGCAACGGCUCCAGCUCCUGCUACGGCUCCACCUCCACCUUCCCCAACACUUCCAGCACCUGCCCUUGCUACAGCUCCUCCUCCAGCACCAGCACCUGCACCUGCCGCUGCUCCAAUCCCAGCCCCAGCUAUAGCACCUGCCACUGCACCACUCACUGAUCCUUCUCCUGCCCAGACUCGUCCCAUCCCAGCUCGACUGCCCACAUUCAGGCCCCUGCCUCAAGCAUCUCCACCAUCACCACCACCAGCAGCAAGGCCAGUGGCUCUACCGCAACCUGCUACUGCUGCCAUGCCAGCGGCUGUUGUUGCUCCAGCAGCAAAAUCUCCAACUCUUAAACCAUCACCGACGCCCAAAACUUCCCCAACUCAAACACUGCUUUCGGUCACAACCUCCUCGGCCCAAACACCUCCCAAGCCAAAGCCUUCACAAUCUCCUUCUUCUUCUUCACCACCCAAACCCAUCGCAACCACGAACUCAUCAGCGCCAGCCCAAAGAGUUGGGUAUACGGCAACCACUAUCCUUUCUACUAUUCGGGCGCCAAGUCCAACACAAUCUUCGAAAACGAUAAAACCCGCAACUCAAACUCCACCGCAAUCUCCCAAGCCCAAGCCUACUGGAUCACCGCCUUCUCCCCUCAACUUACCACCUUCCAAAUUCAAAUUGGAACGUGAAAAUGAGCCCAAGAUCCCCAAAGAGGCAGAGCAGAAAACAGUUCUGGUUCAAAAGACCGUCGGCGAAAGGCCCUUGUCAUGGCUAACUGGAAGCGAGCCCAAGAAAGAUGCGGGUGCCACCAAUCACAAAGGGAGCAACAACGUCGCUGAAUCAAAAGAGAAAAAAGGGCAGGGAAAAAAGGCUUCUUCUGAUUCCGAGGAAGGAGGGUUUCGGGUUAUCACGCUUGCAGGUGAAAAUAAAGGUGCCAUCAUGGAAAUUUUCCACUCCCCAAAGAAAAAUGGGUUUGAAGGUAAUCCUCGGUAUCUCCAGGCCCAGAAGACGACGGGAACUUCUAAACUUGCAAUCGCUGAUGGCGGCGAAACAUGGCAUAGCUUUAGCAGUGGCGACGAAAGGAAUGACCAAAAGACAAACAAGGACAAAACCCAGAAAGAUGCGAAAGCAAUGCGGACUCUUCCCAUGACCGCUUUCAUGAACAGUAACGUGCAAGCUGUUAACAACUCCAUCAUGUAUAAUUCCAAGUGUAAGCACCAUGAUCCCGGCGUGCACCUUGCUCUCUCCAGGAAACCAGGCCAUGGAGCAUUCAAGAUCAAGGAAAACGGCAGCGGCAGUCGUAAUUAGAGAAGAAGAGAGAGAGUGAGCAAAAGAUUCAGAGAGGUUUUACUUCUGCGGUUGGUUUUCACGCUAUAAUUAUUAUGUCAUGAGAAGAAGAAAUUAUAAGGGAGAAUAGAAGCAAAAUAUGAGAAUAAAACAAGAGCGAUCACAAAACGGUGUUAUGGGUUCUGAUUCUUCAAUUUUUUAUUCCACUUCUGCGGAGUUUGAUUGAAGUAUAUCGCUCAUGCUCUGUUUUCUGAUACAGACAUAUAUACACAAAA